UAUAUGAGCCCACCUCCAGACUCUAUGCCCAAAACCUCGGCGGUUGUCUCUCCAGCCCUGUCUCCAGUCUUGGCUCCUCCCAAAACCUCCCAGGUGAUGUUGAUUCAAGCCCCGGGGCCUCUGAAGACCAUCUCUCUGUCACAACUGCCCCAGGUGCUGCCGGUGCAGUCGUCCACAGGUCAGAGGAUAAUCCUGCAUCAGAUCCAGCCCGUGGCGGGGACUCAGUAUUACCGCCGGCCGGACGGGAAGCUGGUGCAGCUGAUUCCCAUCAGGCACGUGAAACCUGUGCCAACAAUGGCGCCGACGCAGACAGUCCUCCCMUCUUCAUCCUUUCUGAAACCAGCUGUGGUGACCCCGCUGACCGUUCCCCACCCCUCCUCCUCAUCUUUAUCUUCAUCGUCAUUUCCAGCGGCAUCUUCUGAGGUCCCCCCUGCUGCCCCCGCCCCCCUGCAGCCUAUUUCAGUUUCUAACCAACGUCCCUGCACCGCCAAACCCCUCAGCUCYGACAAAGACCCCGCCUUUGUUGCCCCACCCCCCACUCAGGCGGCGACAGCUCCACCCGACCCCCUCGUGACCCCCCUGAACCUAAGCAACGCCAAACCCUCYGAGACUCUAGAGUCCAAACCCGCCUCUGUAACAUCCAGUCCUGAGAUCAAAGAGUUCCGGCUCAUAAAAACAAAACCCCACCCGCCCCCUGCAGAUACCCGCCCCCUGAGCCAGGAAUCGAACCAGGAGCUGGCCCGCGACCGGACGGAUCUGGACAUCAUCAGCGUGGAUGAGGAGGCGGGGCUUUUUCUGCCGCAGAAGCGAGCGACCGAAGUGGUGGAGCUGAUGUCGAGCAGCGACACGGAGAACUCGUCGGACUUCAGGGAGUCGGACAGCGAGGAGGAGAAGCUGCACGCCGACAGCAGCGACGAGGACCAGGAAACUUCUCUGGAACAAACURCUGAUGAGAUAAACCGCCUCACUCACAACAUGCUGGAGAAGCAGCGCCGCAGCCAGCUGCAGCAGAGGUUCAGCCUCCUCAAAAAGGAGGUGGGGCACACCGACAUGUCCAAGCAGUCCACCCUGAUGAAGGCCACCGAGCUGAUCCAGAAGCUGCUGCGUCACGAGCAAGCUCUGAAGAGGAAGAAGAGGAUGCUGAACAGGAAGAGGGAUGAAUACAUGUCGUUACUCGCUCCAUCAUCAGCAGAGCAGAUCGAUGAUGAUGAUGAUGAUGACGUGGUGGAGGUAGUGGAGGUGGUGGAUUCAUCAGACAACGUUAUAGAAGUCUCAUCAGAUGAGGAGAAAGCUACCAGCUCAGGACUGAACCUGACGCCGCUCUCUAAAGUGACGGAGACGCCUCAGAGGGAGGUGAAGAGGCUGGAAAGCUUCAAGUCGUGUCUGAGUCAUGAGAAAGUCAUCAAAUCAGGUGAGGAGAAGCUGCAGCUCAGGACCAAACAGGAAGUGAAUGUGGAGGAGAAGAAGCAGGUGACCAAUGAGCCGCCAGCAGCAGGACUUCCUGUGGCUUCAUCUGCUGGAGACACUAAGAAGGAUGUAACACCGCCUGACCCUCAGUGGACAACUCAAGYUCCUCCCCCAUGUGCCGUGGGUGUGUCCAACUCUGUCCCUGCUCAUGCCUCCGUUUCCCAUGAUGCACCUGGAGGUCUGAGGCGGCCGAAGACUGUUCCCAACAUCCUUUCUCGCAGCAGAGUUCCACUUCGUCCGGCGCCCCUGGACAAACUGAAGGGUCCAACUUACCAGGUUCUGGCUCCGUCUAAGGUUCUGUCUCUGGUCAGGGGGACGGUGCUGGGGAAUCCCGUUCUGACCCUUAGCCCGGUCACCGUGGGGCCCAUGGUUCUGCAGGCGAACCCCCCACCAG